ACCAUGGAAAAGGCUUCUGAAAGCAAAACAGGUGGAGAAACCGUUGAGAAUUUUUCAGCUCGGCCGUAUCAAGUGGAGCUUCUGGAGCGGGCGAAGAAAAGGAACACUAUCGUAUGUCUAGGCACGGGAACUGGCAAAACGUUUAUAAGUGUCAUGCUCAUAAAAGAACUCGCUCAUGAAGUAAGAGGAAACUAUAAAGACGGCGGGCGAAGAACUUUCUUCCUUGUAAAUACAGUUCCACUAGCCGGCCAACAGGCAAAAGUAAUCACAAAACAUACUGACUUGAAAGUCAGGCAUUAUGUUGGAGAGAUGGGAGUAGAUUUCUGGGACAAGCCCACUUGGGAAAAUGAGUUCAAUACAUUCAACGUUCUGGUCAUGACAGCUCAAAUAUUCCUCGACCUGCUGUUACAUAGCUACAUACUUCUUUCACAAGUGAAUCUCCUAAUCUUUGAUGAAUGCCACCACGCCAAGAAGAAUCAUCCUUACAGACAGAUAAUGCAGUGCUUCAGCAACUGCCCACAGCACCCAUUACCCAAAGUUAUGGGUUUAACUGCCUCAAUAGUAAAUGGAAAAGUAAAACCUAAUAAAAUCGAAUCAGAGAUCAAAGAGCUGGAACGCACUCUAAGAUCUAGUUGUGAAACAAGUCAAGAUAAAGAUGUCGAAAAACAUGCUGCUAAACCUGAAGAGCUGUUCCUUGUUUACCCAAGUAAGAGCACUGAUGAAAACAUGAACAUUUUGAUGGAAAAACUGUCAGAUGUCUUAACACAAGGAAUUGGUCUUCUUUGCAACAAUCGGGUGUCCAGCCAUGAUGAAAAUGCGCACUGGUAUGCUAAGUUUGCCCUGAGGGAAUGUAAGGAGACAUUGGAUGAAUUGGGCCCUUGGGCUGCAUUUAAAGUGGCAGAAUACUUAAUUAAGGAUCUAGACAGAGCAUGCAAGAUACAAAGCAGCAGAGAAGGACAAAUGUUCUGUGAGUGUAGUGCCAACCAGCUGCGUCAACUGCAAAGAACUUACUGUAAUUUUACUGAGAGUCAUGGGUCUGAGGACAGUGAACAUUGUUACUUCAUGCCUAAACUUGAAAAACUUCUGAGUGUUUUCAGGGAGUUUGCUAACUCACAGCAUGAAGCAUCUGAAGAGGACAAGACCCUCUGUGCCAUUGUGUUUGUUGAAAGACGAUACACAGCACUGAUCCUCAGUAAACAGCUUAACAUGGCUGCCAAACUAGAUCAGGAGCUCUCAUUCAUCAAAAGUAACUUUGUGAUUGGUCAUGGCACAGGUGCAAAGGUUAACUACUCCAGUAAUGCAGAGAUGAAUUUUAAGAAACAGGAGGAAGUGCUGUGCAAGUUCAGAAAUGACAAGAAAAGACAUGAAUUCAAUGUGCUGAUAGCCACCUCUGUUGUUGAGGAGGGAUUAGAUAUUCCCAAGUGCAAUGUUGUCUGCAGGUUUGAUUUCCCAAAGAAUUACCGCUCCUAUGUACAGUCAAAGGGCAGAGCUCGUGCCAAAGGUUCCAAGUACUACAUGCUGGUGGAUGAAAAAGAGCAAGUGGAAAAAGAGAAUGAAUUGGAGAUGUUGCGUGCUAUUGAGGAAAUCUUGUUGGAAAGAUGCCAUGAUCGAUUGGAGCCAUCAGUGGAGGAGUGUAAUGAAUCAGUAGACACAGAUUUCUUGCUGCCGUACAUACCAGUAGACGGCAAGGGAGCUAGAGUAACUAUGAGCAGUAGUAUUUCUCUACUUUCAAAGUACUGUUCAAAGCUUCCAGGAGACCAGUUUACUCGGCCCAAGCCAGUUUACAAGGUCAAAGAAAUUGGGAAAGAUGGUUACAAGUGUAAACUAACACUUCCAAGAAACUGUCCAAUACAUGAAGAUAUAAUAGGUGAACCAAUGCCAAGUAAGAGCCAAGCCAAGAUGGUCGCUGCGCUCAGAGCCUGUAAGCUGCUUCACGAGAUUGGUGAACUUGAUGAUGACCUGUUACCAAAGCAGACUUUAUCUGAUGAGGAAAGUGAUUUGGAAGAAGAAGAAGCUGCAGCUGAGUCCGGCGGAAAGAAACCAAAAGCUGGAACAAAGAAGAGAAGACGACAGUAUAUGAGAAAGGUUCCGGAAGUAUUUGUCAGCAGCUUGGUACAGGAUGGUCAGCCCCAGUUCCUCACGACCAUCACCAUACAAGUCACUAAACUUACUCAGCCACAAGAGUUUGUCAUUAGUGAGCGACUGUUCCUCGAUAAAACUUGCACGUUUGGAAUGCUGACAACGAAAAGAGUUCCUUGGAUACGAUCGUUCAAACUGUAUCCUAACUAUGGCGAAGUCACGGUAUCCUUGCAGUGUCACAGAUCUCCUUUGCCGCGUGUAAACAUCACUAAACAAGAGUUAAACAUUCUUCGCAAGUUUCAUCUCUUUCUCUUCAGUCACGUUCUACGCUCUCCUGUGGAAUUCACACCAGAAAGUGUGGAUGGUUACUUCAUUGUUAUGUUGAAGGCUUCAGGAAGGAGUAUUGACUUUGAUUGCAUGAGAGAAGAGCUUUCGCGUGCACCCAAACAAAGCCGUGGAAAUCAGCCCAUCGUCGUAGACUCAGCGGUAACAAAAAACUACGUUGAAUCUCCACAAAAGUACGCUGUUUUGAAUGUUCGUGGCGAUCUGACUCCGAUGUCUCCAUUCCCAGAAAAGUCGCAGGGCAACACUUAUGAAGAAUAUUUUCGCCUUAAAUACGGAGAAAGGGGAUGCAUUGCGAACAAGCAUCAACCUCUUGUUGAAGUGAAAGAGCUCUCCGCUAGAGUGAAUUUUCUUGUGGACCAAAAACGAGGAACAAAAAACAAGCGAGAUGUGAUUUGUCUUGUUCCAGAGUUGUGUGACGAUAUUCCCAUUCGCGCUUCCCUUCUCAGCGUGUCUCAGAUUCUACCAUCUAUUCUUCAGCGUGUCACCUCCCUCCUUCUCGUUGCCGAUCUCAAGGCCAUGGUUACUGAUGUACGCAACACAACAGAUGAAUCAACCCUUCCUCCCAUUGGAGCUGAAGAGGGCUCAAGAGAAGCGCCCAUGAAGGUUGAAGACGAUACUUGGGACCCUGAAAAAGAUGAUGCCCUUUUCCCCGGCAUCAGGUUGAUGUUCCCUCACAGUCCACCAUCUGCUAACCACCCCGACUCCUUUCUCGUUCUUCAAGCUAUUACCACCACCCACAGCGGAGAUGCAUUUAAUCUGGAGAGGCUGGAGAUGCUGGGGGACUCAUUUCUGAAGCUGGCCGUGUCUAUUCAUCUCUUCUGCACAUACAGCGAUAAAGACGAAGGCAAGCUGACCCGACGUAGGACAAACCAGAUUAGUAAUUUAGCGUUGUACCGAGCAGCGGCCAAGAAAUCUCUGGGCGAGUAUCUCCAGAACACGCAGUUGGCUCGCGACGUUUGGUGUCCUACGGGAUGUCAGUUUGGCGACGUACCACCGAAUCGCACCACAGGUAGCCCACCCAUGGAAGUUGACAGCUGGGACACGGUCGAGGCGAUGAAAGUUGACGAGACCUCAGAGAGUGGAAAGAAGACAAAACUUACUGCUACAGAGCAUGCGCGCCAGAAAUGCAACACUCAAAUGAUAGCGGACAAGUCCAUAGCUGACAGCAUCGAAGGACUUAUCGGAGCGUAUCUAAUAUCCUGUGGUUAUCUUGGCGCGUUGCGAUUUAUGAAGUUUCUGGGGCUAAAAGUUUUACCUGAAGUUGUCGUCAAAGUCGACACUGAUCCGCGGGCGGAGAAUAGUAAAUCGGGUUGCUAUGCUAGAUUUUGGCCGGAUCAGACAAAAAUAACAGCAGCGCAAGAUAAAGGAGAUAUGGUUUUCCGCCUCACUUCUGGCCUGGAAAACUUUGAAAACGAAUCAAUCUCGUACAAUUUCCAGCACAAGUUGUAUUUGGUAGAAGCGCUAACCCACGCGUCCUACCACGAAAACCGUGUCACGCCAAGUUACGAAAGACUCGAGUUCCUCGGCGAUGCUCUGUUAGACUUUUUGGUCACGCAACAUUUGUACUUCCGUCACGUCAACUUGUCACCCGGAGAACUGACCGAUAUACGACAGGCCUUGGUGAACAAUAACAUCUUUGCCGCCCUUGCCGUAAAACACAGCUACCACAAGUAUCUGAAGCAUAUGUCUCCAAAGUGGUUCCAAACGGUGAAGAACUUUGUUGACAGAGUGGAAGAUGAGGCAGAAGAGAGGAAAGACAAUCGCCUUCAAACAGUCACCGCUGACCCAUUUAUUAUCGUGUCUGAAGAAGAAGAAGGAAUCGAGGCGCCUAAAGUUCUUGGUGACAUCUUUGAAUCAGUAGCAGGCGCGAUAUUUUUGGACAGCGGUAUGGAUUUGACUAAAACCUGGGGUGUGUACUACCGCAUGAUGAAACCCUACAUCGAUCAUUACUCAGUGAACAUACCGCGAAAUCCCAUCAGACUUGUCUACGAGGAAGACGGGAAGGCUGACUUUGGGAAAGCGGUGACCCUUGAUGAUGGAAAGAUUCAGCGUACUCUGAGCGUGUACUGGGGAAAGUACACUGGAAAAGGACCGAACAAGAAGAUUGCUAAAGCUACAGCCGCCAAGCUUGCUAUUGAAGGACUGAAAAAGAAAUCUUCAGAAGAGAACGCCGCGGUAUAUAUUAGGCAGUUCGCAGAACCACAUCAGCAUAAGACUCGAAAGCGAAAACUCAACGAAUUAUUUACAGGUAUUCCAAUGAAAAUCCACAAAUGUUCCAGUAAUCAAGCCGAGUAAACAUCCAGUUGGGCAAUAAGGAACCUUUAACGAGAGAAAUUACAAUACACACAAAACACGAUGGAACUUACCGACUGUUUCGAUUUUAGAGUGACCGUAACUCAACAAUUAUGGUUAGCAAGACAUGCCAGUACAAACACGCGACUAGUUCGUUUUCGACAAAGCACAUGGCCGAUGUCCCGGAUGUUGACGUCAAACUGCAGGCACGCAACAGGAGCUACAGUAUACGAGGAAGAUUAAGUUUCAGUGUGGGCUUGGAGGACAUCAAUAUUGAGGCAAAGGUGCUUUCUUAGAUUUGUGUUGUUGAGAUAAUGCUGUGGAACACUGUUUAUAGGAAGUAGGUUUUCGUAUGUGCCUAUGCUUAUUAAUGUGUAUUACCUUCCGCUAUGAGUAUUCCUCUCUAGGAACUACGUUUAUGUAGGUGACGUAUCUUGAAUGAAUGUGAGUCGUUUAAGAUUACUUUGUUUACCAAUGUCCCUUAAGUGUUGUCAUUGACUUUCUCAGACAUCGACAUUUGUCUAGAGGUUUGCAUUAUAAAUACGGCUUUGAAAUAUUUUGUAUAUACAUUUUAUCUUUUAA